AUGGGGACAGGGGACAGAUUGUUGGAUAUUCCCUGUAAGGUAUGUGGCGACAGAAGUUCGGGAAAACAUUAUGGAAUUUAUAGCUGUGACGGUUGUUCGGGUUUCUUCAAGCGAAGCAUCCACCGUAACCGCGUGUACACGUGCAAGGCGACAGGCGAGCUGAAAGGACGAUGUCCUGUCGACAAAACGCACCGCAACCAGUGCAGGGCAUGCCGACUGAAUAAGUGCUUCCAAGCUAGCAUGAACAAGGACGCCGUUCAGCACGAGAGGGGUCCCCGCAAGCCCAAGCUACAGCCGCAGACUCCUUCCCAGUCGCAUCACCACCACUCGCCGCCCCUGGGCCACCACGGGCUGCCGCACAUGCCACCUUCGUCGAUGGCAGGGGGCGGCGAUGGCAAGUUGCCUUCCGCCUCUUCUGGCGCUUUUCACUUCAGUCACGGCGUGUUUGCGGCGGCCACGCCGCAUCACCCUCUGAAGGCGCUACAGCUGCCGCCGCCGCCGACGGCCAUGUCUAGUCCCCAGGCUCAUCCCCUGGACGCGCUGCCGUUGCCCAUGUUUCAUCCGCCCGCCCUGCCGCCGCCCCCGGGUCUCCUGCAUAUCCUUAUGUCCGCUGAGAAGUGUCAGGAAUUAGUGUGGGGUACCAAACUGUCCCAAAUAGAACCCAGUAGUAGCGACUCAAGUCAAGGACUCGUGUCUAGUCCUGCAGGACUAUCCUUGACCUCAAGUCCCCCUUUGGCACCUCUACCUCUUACACCUACAUGGGAAAUGUUACAGGAGACAACUGCCAGACUCCUGUUCAUGGCAGUGCGGUGGGUGCGCUGUUUGGCUCCCUUCCAGACCCUCAGCAAGCACGACCAGCUGCUCCUGCUGCAAGAAUCCUGGAAGGAGCUGUUUCUGCUGCACCUGGCGCAAUGGUCCGUGCCGUGGGACCUCUCCACGCUGCUGGGGUGUCCGCAGGCUAGGGAGAGGCUACCCGCCGACCUGCAUACCGCCACGGAAAUCAAGACAAUACAGGAAAUAAUGUGUCGCUUUCGUCAAAUAUCACCAGAUGGCAGUGAGUGUGGAUGCAUGAAAGCCAUCCUUUUAUUUACACCAGAGACGGCAGGACUAUGCGAUGUCCAACCGGUCGAGAUGCUACAGGACCAGGCGCAGUGCAUAUUGGGGGACUACGUACGCACCAGGUAUCCCAGGCAGCCGACCAGAUUCGGGCGACUGCUCCUGCUCGUGCCCAGCCUCCGAGCCAUUCGGCCGCUCACUGUGGAACUGCUCUUCUUCAAGGAGACCAUCGGGGAAAUACCCAUUACCCAGCUCCUGGGUGACAUGUAUUACAUGGAGAAAUGCGUCACUCCAUCUUAGGCACAAUUCUCAUAUUUUUCUAUGAAUUAUUCCCAGUUUAAUUCGAAUUAGGUAUCUACUUACCUACUGAACGAAUAUGGUCGAACAACUAAUAAAAUAACUUUUAAGAGAUAUACCAAUUUAAAAAUAUCUCCUACAAAGACAGAGGAAUAACUGCAUAUUCAUAAUUUUUAAAGCUCUCAUGCGUUUUUGUCAUUUAGGUGUUAGUGGUGACCACCUUGUACAUAAAACAACAAUUUUUAAAUAUUCCUGUGAUAUUAAUCUGUAUGUGUGGAAAAUUCCAAGGAUGAAAAUAGGGAGGGGCCUUGGAACUUUAUUUAAUAUAGAUUAUUACAUUGUUAUUACGAUAAGGAUGUUCAAAGAGCUCAUUCAAACGGUAAACUUAAAAAAAAUAUAUUAGGAAGAGUCUAUGUUCAAAGCAUGGAUUUGUCGUGGACCGCGUUUUAACCCUUCCAAGGUCAUUUAUACUUCGUACACAUAAAGUGUGAUCAAAACUCUUAAGUCACUUGUAAUUAUUUGUAUUAAAAUAACA